AUGAUCGGAUCGAAUUUUAUAAGACUCGCAGCAUUCUCAAAUCGUCCAAGAGUUGCAAGAGGGGCGGUCAAUUCCGUUUUCGGUAAUGGCUUAUUAUUCGCAAGACUUAUGUCGAAAGAGACAAAAGCCGCAAUUGAAGAUGCCGUGCACUCAGCUCCAGUUGUCCUUUUCAUGAAGGGAACUCCAGAAAAACCUGCCUGCGGAUUUUCAAGGGCAACAAUUCAGUUAUUGGGGCAACAAGGUGUUGAUCCAUCAAAAUUUGCCGCUUACAACGUUUUAGAGGAUGCAGAACUUAGAAACGGAAUCAAGGAGUAUAGCGACUGGCCAACAAUUCCCCAGCUAUAUGUCAACCAUGAAUUCGUUGGUGGUUGCGAUAUUAUCAUGAGCAUGGCCCGUUCGGGCGAACUUUCUGAACUUCUGGAAAAAUCAAACGUUUUAGUUCCAGAGGAGGAGGGAGAUGAAGCCUCUGCAUCAGUAAAGGAAACUGAAAAGCCUAAGGAGGGUAAGAAAUGA